AUGGCAACGCCUAGCAGUAAUAGUAAAAACUCAGGAGAUGAUAUCAAACGAGUAUCCGAUGCGAUGGAUGUACUAGCCAAAUUAAUAAUACAAAGACGAAAGGAUAAUAAUCAAGUUAAGAUCGACUAUGAAAAGAAGCUGCAGGAAGUAGAUAAGUUAAUUAAUAUGAUACUUGCAUUGAAUCGAAAGGAUGAAAGUAGGUAUUCCGUCGAUACUACCGAAUUGGAUAAAAUAUUAAAUGAUGGUGUUGAAAUUAUUGAAAAAGGUGAAAAUAAACAAAAGUAUGCAUUAAUUCCAAUAGUAGAAAUACAACCUAUCGUGCAAACAAAUACAAUUGAUGAUUUUUCACUUAAAAAGAAAAAGAAAAAGAAUAAGAUCAAUUGUUCAUAUUGUAAGGAAACAGGACAUACAAGAGCAGCAUGUCCCAAACGAUUACUAAAUCCCAAACCUUAG